AUUGCCCUAUUGAAUGAACAUCCUCACUGGUUCCUGGGGUCUGAACACCGGCAGCCAGGGGUAGUGGGUAUAAAAGCAGCCCCCCUACUGACAGCAGCAUAAAGCCCUCCAGCAGCAGAAUAAGCAGCAAACCAGAUAAUCUUUCUCCUUCUGCGACAGUCAUGAAGACAGCCCUCUGCAUCGUUUCCUGCCUGCUAGCAGUGCUCAUCCAGCAAAGCCAGGCUCUCAAUUACGGGACAUGCGAUGCCCCUACAUGCCCAAGGGAUACCUUCUUUGAUAACAACAAAUUGCCUCUGCAACACCAACCGUGAUGCUGUGUGCCCCGAUGGCUACGGACCCAUUGUGAAGGGAUAUGGGCUCUGUGCCUGCGAGAAGCUAAUGAUACCAUUCUGCAAAGCUGGAUUCGAGCUCAACUCAAAAACCUGCAGCUGUAACUUCAGACAGCCACCUACAUGCCCCCACGGCGCUAGUCUCACUCCCCACUCUGCCCUCUGCAUUGGCACUGCCGAUGUCAUGUGCCCACCUGGGGCUGAGCUGAAGGAAGGAUGCAUGUGCUUCAGUGCAAGGCUACGUGAGUGUCCAAAGGGUCGUCUCAGUGCCAAUGGCUGCACAUGUGAGGCAGUUGGCACUGAACCACCUACCUGUGGAAAGGGCUGUGAGCUGGCUUAUGAUGGAGAGUGCAUAUGCAAAUCCACCGCAAGUACGUGAUUAAGAAACCUAUGCUAACCCAUGUGAAAAUACAUCACUUCUUUCACUUCGCAGUUGAGUGUUUCUCUCACAAUGGAUACUGUGAGGAUUACUCUUAUCAUGUUGGGACUGUAGAUGACUGCUGCCAUAACCCUCUCCAAGAGAGGUCCUACAAGGAUUCCGAUGGAGUUUGUAGUAAAUGGUAAGAAUGCUACGGUUGCUGCAGAAUUUUGUUUAUGCACAAUGUGUGCUUCCGUUUGACAAUACAGUCCAGUUGGUGGACCUUAUUUGGAACCAGUUGGACGGUUCUACAACUGAACUCACUUUCAAGAGGAUAAACAGACACAGAGUUUACAUUACUUAUGAUUUAUAACCUCCAUGUAAAUUCAUGAUAUUAAUUUGAAAACCAA